UGCGUUCGCAGUGACUCAGUGGUCAUGUGAGUCAGUGUUGUUCUGUGUUUACAGUGACUCUGUGGUCAUAUGAAUCAUAUGUGCUCGUGAAUCGCAGUGGUCAGUCAUGUUUCGCGCGCUGCUCGCGGUGUUUCUGGCGGUCGUUAUCGCGCGUUGCGGUGCUCUGUCGGUUCCGCCGCAUGAGGAGGUGGCUCGGAUGGCUCGGUUCGUGGUCCACAAGUGUGACUGGGCUUCGAUGGCGACGAUCUCCACUCAUGAUCCGGUGAGAGGACAGCCGUUCUCCAACGCCUUCUCCAUCAGCGACGGGCUCGCGGGCAACGGAACCGGAACCCCGUACAUGUACCUGACACACAUGGAGAUCUCGGUGCAGGACCUGCAGGUCAAUCCGCAGGCGUCUCUGUCCGUGUCUCUGGCUCAGACACACUACUGUAAGAACCACGGCUUCGACCCUCAGAGCCCUCUGUGCGCUCACAUCAUCCUGUCCGGCUCCGUGAUGCAGGUGAACGACAGCGAGGCGUCCGUGGCUAAAGCCGCUCUGUUCGGCAGACACCCGGAGAUGAUCGACUGGCCCACUGACCACAACUGGUUCUUCGCCAAGUUCAACAUCACUCAGGUGUGGGUGCUCGACUACUUCGGCGGAGUGAAGACCGUCACGCCGGAGGAGUAUUACAGCGCCGCUCCGCACCGGACACACGCCGGAAGUGACAUGCGGUGAUCUUGAUGAACUGGAUCAGAAGACACUCAGAUUGAUGAAUAAUUCUCAGGUUGAUGUGUGUGUGUGUGUGUGUGUGUGUGUGUGAGACAUGUUACACGAGUGUUGAAACCUGAUGUUGUAAAUCUACAUGUUUGAAAGCGUUUAGAAUAAAUGCGCAGAAUCAUUUUUGCAGUUUGCACAAGAUUUUUAACUUUAACAUUAGCAGAUUUUCAAUGGAAAUCCAGUGGAGCCUUUAAUCAUAAAGUGAGAUUCGCGUGUCACUCAUACAUGUUUCAUUUGGUGUUUGUCAGCAACCUCUGACCCCUGACCCCUGACCUGUGACCGAAAUGUGAAUCUCACAAGAUGACUUUUUGCAUUUAGGCUCAUUUUGCUUAUAUUUUAUAAUCGAAUUGAAUUUAAAAAUAAGUCAAACAUUAUUUGCUCAGAGUGAUUAUUUCUCAGAUGUUGAUGUGUGUUUUGAGUGUGUCUGAUGUGAUGUAGAGUGCCGUGAAAUAAAGAUCUUACAGAUGCA